UUAGCCUGGCACCGAAACAGCCCGUUGCUGUCAGUGCUAUACCAUGGCAAUUGACUGGGCUUGAGCCACAACAGUCAGGCUCGUUCCAUUCUACGGGGCUGGCAGAGCAACCCCAUCUCAGCCAGGCAAACUCGCAGGCGCUGUCACCCACUGAUGAGUAUAAAAGGUACAUGGAAGAUGAAUUCACCAAUCUCAGACGUCGAAUCAGAGCGAUAGAGGAACACCUGGCAUUGACAAGUGUUCACAAUAUGAGUUCAAAGGUUAAACAGCGGGAGACCGAGCUCGACUCACUGCAGUAUAAGCAGCAUUUGGAUACUUGCCAGGAGGAACCAUCAUCGCAAGUCCAUUCACUGGCGCUGAACAAAUCAAGACUUUAUGGUGCAACCCAUUGGUUACACGGAGGGCACGAGUUCAAGAGGGUGGCGGUUCUUAAUGGAUAUACGGAUCAAUCAACAGAAGAAGAAACAACAAGACAGCAGAAAGUUCAGCUGGAAAGGCUCUUUCGCAAGUGCAAGCACCUUGCACAAAAACUGAAGCAGAAUGAUCCUGGAAGAUCAAUCACGCAGUCGGGUCCGGGCCUACCCACGAGCUGCAAAAGCUGGGCCGACCAAAUGGUUCACUUAUACCUAACCCGCUUCGAGUCGGUGUUUCGGAUCCUCCAUAUUCCUUCAUUCAGGGCAGAAUAUGAGGAGUUCUCGAAGAACCCAGAACAAUCACCAUUGGCGUUACAAUUCAAGGUCAAGCUCGUAAUGGCGAUUGGGUCCAGUCUAUAUCGGGAUACUGCCGACGCUGACAACAUAGGAUGGAACUCAUGUCGGUGGGUACACGAGGCACAAACUUGGGUAUCUGGCCCCGUCAAAGAUCGAAUCAGCCUCGACGGCCUUCAGGUACAAUGUCUAUUGAUUCUAGCUCGGCAAGUUUUGUCCAUUGGUGGAGAUUUAGUAUGGAUAGCAGUAGGCACUUUAGUUCGUACUGCCAUGCACAUGGGUCUCCAUCGUGACCCGGUAUAUUUCAGAAAGAUGACUCUCUUGGAGGCAGAAGUUCGCAGACGAUUAUGGGCCACAAUACUUGAAAUAAAUCUCCAGGCGUCACUUGACUCAGGAGCUCCGCUGGCAGUAUCAUUUGACGAUUUCAACACCAAGAGUCCUCGGAACGUUAACGACGAAGACAUCAGCGAGAACACCGAGAUUCUCCCGUAUUAUGAUGAAAACACUGUGACGGAUAUGUCGUUGCAGCUGCUCCUGUUUAGAUAUUUGCGGCCACGAAGCGAAAUAAUCAAUCGCAUGAACGGAGCUUGUUCCAGCUUCUCCCAAGCCGAGGUUCAAUGCCUUACUUUAACUCUCAACAGAGCUUGCCGUGAAUGCAGUGCCAGUCUCGAGGGUAAUAAUAAUGGAGAUGCAACCAAAAUUUUUAAACAAAAUAUGGCCAAUUUGCUUCUUGGUCGCUUUUUGCUUACCCUUCAUCGCCCACUGGCCACUGCUUCCCGAGUUGGUGAUCCUGGCUUCCAUUUCUCAAGAAAGGUGUGCCUUGACUCCGCCACGGCUUUACUUUUACCACCCCAUAACCCAGACUUUUACCAUCUCACAUUGAUUGGCGGUGGCAUUUUCAAAAACCGCAUUAUCCAUGCCUCUCUGGCUAUAUGUUCAGAUCUGAUUAUUGAGCUGGAGGAGCUCGACACGAUGGCGUGGCCAUCUACCUAUGGGAAAAUGCUCGUAGAUGUUCUUCGUGAGGCUCUAAGGCAGACGGCUGAACGAAUAAGAGUUGGCGAGACAAAUUUGCGAUUGAAUAUGAAACUAAACGUUGUCUUAUGCCGUGCCGAAUGCGCAGAAUCUGGUAGUUCUCGGCAGCUGAGGAUGAUUGAAGCAGCUCAGGAGAGUCUGAAGAUGGCAUACACCGUUAUGCAGUCUCGCUUGUGUCUGAUGGAUGGGGGACGACGUGAUGAAGGAUGUCUAGAGCUCAGGGAGCUUGAUUGGCAAAAUUUGGGUAUAAGCGUCGACGAAGAUUGGAAUGAAUCUAACGAUAUGCCGGAUAUUGGACUUGAUGAACUCCUUUGGUUGGGCCUAGGCGAAGGUGAGGCCACGGUGUCACACGAAGCAGAAUGGUAGCCAAAUCUGCGAGACGUUCCCCCUUUUAUUUUAUUCAAGCUGCC